AUGGGGCAGCAGGGUCCCGUGUUCAUGAAGCCCACCUGGUUUGGAGCCAUUCCCAAAGUGGGUGUACACGCAGCGGAGCGCUGUAAACACGGGAGCCUCACCGUGCAGUGCGCGCGGCGUCGCCAGAAGCUUGUGGGCGGCGUCCCCACAAGCCACUGUGGGCGGCUUGUGGAAACGUCCACCGAGGGGAGUAAGUAUGUGAAUAAAGAAAUUAAAAAUGCCCUCAAGGAGGUGACAAAGACCGACAUAGAACAAACCAACGAAGAGCGCAAAUUACUGCACAGCUCUCUAGAGGAAGCCAAGAAGAAGAAAGCGGAUGCCCUGAAUGACACCAGGGAUUCCGAAACCAAGCUGAAGGCAUCCCAGGAGGUGUGCAAUGAGACCAUGAUGGCCCUCUGGGACGAGUGUAAGCCCUGCCUGCAACAGACCUGCGUGAAGUUCUAUGCUCCUGUGUGCAGCAGCAGCUCAGGACUGGUUGGCCACCGGCUUGAGGAUUUCCUGAACCAGAGCUCCCCCUUCUACUUCUGGAUCAAUGGUGAUCGCAUUCACUCCCUGAUGGAGAAUGACCGGCAGCAGAGCCAUGUGAUGGACGUCAUGGAGGACAGCUUCAACUGGGCAUCCAACACCAUGGAUGAACUCUUCCAGGACCGGUUCUUUCCCCAGAGGCCCCAGGACACUCAGUACUACUCCCCCUUCAGCUCAUUCCCGAGGGGGUCACUCUUCUUUAAUCCCAAAUCCCGCUUUGCCUGGAAUUUGCCUUUCCCUGUGUUGGAACCCCUCAACUUUCAUGAUGUGUUUCAGCCCUUCUACAAUAUGAUCCACCAGGCCCAGCAGGCCAUGGAUGCCCACCUGCACAGGACUCCCUACCACUUCCCCAUGGUGGAAUUCGCAGGAGAAAACAAUGACCGCACUGUGUGCAAGGAGAUUAGCUCCAACUCCACAAGAUGCCUGUCGAUGGAGGGCCAGUGCGUGAAGUGCCAGGAGAUCUUGGAAGUGGACUGUUCUGCCAACAUCCCGACUCAGACGCUGCUGCGCCAGCAGCUGAACGAGUCCCUGCAGCUGGUGGAGAAGUUCAGCAGGCUGUGCGACCAGCUGCUCCAGCCCUACCAGCAGAAUAUGCUCGACACGUCGGCCCUGCUCAAGCAGCUGAUCGAGCAGUUCACCUGGGUGUCCCAACUGGCCCACCUCAUGCAGAACGACGACCAGUACCAUCUGCAGGUCUCCACGGUUAUGAAUCCCCACAGCUCUGACCCCAGAAUUCCGUCUGGCCUCACCAAGGUGGUUGUGAAGCUCUUCAACCCCUUCCCCAUCACUGUGAUGGUCCUGCAGGAAGUCUCCAGUCCUAACUUUAUGGAAAACGUGGUGGAAAAAGCGCUGCAGCAAUACUGCCACCUCGGGCCCUCUGGGGCGAACAGCUCCUUGGGGGUCCAAAACACAGGGCAGAGGCGUCACUGGAGCUAUAGCCAGAGCCCACGCAGGAAGUUGGGAAGCUACUAG